AUGCAAGUUAGGAAAGGACAAGCUGACGGGGUUUUAGAGCAGAGACAGGGUUUGCUCAACCGAUACUGGGACACGUUCCUUAGCGGACACCGUAAAUUGAUGAGAUGCAAGGAGGCGAGUUCUAGUUCAUAUGUCAAAGAGGACGCCUUUUCGGUCACAGAAGAAGCUUACCUCGACGCAGCCUCCAUGAUUUCCCAUCACCUGAAAGAGCUGCCGUCCCCUUGCUCCUCGCAUGUUCAACAGUCCAAUAUUGCGCCUCCGCCCCACCCGCAACUGCCUAAAAUUGAUUUGCCGAAAUUUUCGGGCGAUCCGUUACAAUGGGAGAGCUUUCGCGACCUUUUUAAAAGUCUAGUCCAUGACGUCAGCCACUUACCUGACGUACAGAAGCUACUCUAUUUGAAGUCUAGUUUGACAGGUGAGGCCGCCGAGGUCAUUCGGAAUACGCCGAUAACGGACUCCGGCUUUAGGGGAGCAUGGGACGAUCUGGAAGCCCGGUACGGUAACAUUCGUCUGUUAUCGUUUUCCCAUCAUCGAGCGCUCCUCUUGUGCCCACCAGCCCUGCAGCAGUCAGCUGGCGAAUUGAAGCGGCUUUUAGACACUUUCCGCCAGGCGAUUAGGGCGUACGUUACACUGAGGAAACCCGUUACUUCAUGGGAUGAGUGGUUUGUAUACUUACUAAGUCAAAAGCUUGACAAAACUACUCACCUUGCUUGGGAGACUUCUUUGGCGGAUAGCCGGGAAAUCCCGCGGUUCCAGCAAUUAUCGCAGUUCUUGGAGAACCGGAUCCAAGCUUUAAGCGCUGCAGGCAUGACGGACCCAUCGCUCCACGCUGUGUCGCCGACCAGCUCUAAGGAAAUCAAACCUAAAACAAAGGGAGGAGCAUCAGCAAAAGGCGUUAACUCUAACGUCUUAGCCGCAGCAUCAAAGUCGCCCCCGGCCCGGAAAUGUCCGGGGUGUUCGGGCACCCACGGUCUAGGAUUUUGUUAUAAAUUCAAGGCGCUGUCUCCGGCAAAACGCAAGGAGCGCGUCCAACAGCUGAAGGCCUGCCUGAGCUGUUUGAAUGUAGGACACGAAGUGGGUAAGUGUCCGUCUAAACAAGUCUGUUUAGCUUGUAGCAAGCGACACCAUACGUUACUGCACGAGGCGCUGACGGCUCCACCGGCAAGCGCACCAGGCCGUGAAGGCGGACAGCCGGCACGAGAAGACGCUGCCUCGACGUCUGACGACGCAACUCAGCAGGUGACUACCCUCUCUCUAUCGGUUGGCUCAAAAGCCGUGGCCUUACUCGCAACCGCCAAGGUGAGAUUGGAGGCGCCAUCAGGAGAAACCGUAGAGGUCCGAGCCCUUCUGGACACCGGCUCCGAUACCUCUCUCGUCUCAUCGUGGGUCGCUCAGGCGCUACGUCUUCCACGGCGGGCGGUGCGAGUGGCCAUCUCAGGCGUUAAGGACAAUGAGGUUGGACACGCGACCGGAGAGGUAUCACUUGUAGUUCGACCCCGACACACUUCGGACUUCCGAUUACCAGUUCGUGCGUUGGUACUCCGCAAACUAACGUCGUUGCUCCCGAGCAAACGCAUCGUGGCAAAGUCUUGGCCGCAUAUUACCGGUCUCACGCUUGCUGACCCCGAGUACGGAGUUCCGGCUCGGGUAGAUUUACUUUUAGGUGCGGAUGUUUGCGGAACGCUCUUUGGUGACGACUCGCGCAGAGGGCCAGAGGGUACUCCAACAGCGAAACUCACCCCCUUUGGCUGGGUGCUUAUGGGACCAGCCUCCGACGACAAACCCAAGGCGGAGACGGCCGCUCGGGUUCUUCACUGCCACGGCGAGGACUCCACAAGCCAACUCCUCCAGCGGUUCUGGGAGCUGGACGAGAUUCGAGAACGGGCUCCAAUGUCACAAGAAGAGGAAAAGUGUGAGCGUCACUUCCUUGACACCCAUGCUCGAGAUCCAUCGGGACGCUACGUGGUGCGCCUUCCCUUCGUAAAGGACCCGCGGACUGCGCUGAAGUCCAACAGGACGACGGCGUUGAAACUCCUCUUCAAUUGUGAACGACGCCUAUCCUCGGAUGCUACGCUGAAAGAGCAGUAUCGAAAUUUUAUGAUGGAGUACCUGACUUUACAGCACAUGCAGGGUGCACCCGAAGAAGCGGAUAAAGGGCCUGCGUAUUACCUGCCACACCACGCCGUACGCAAGCGUCACGAUCCUUCUGCCAAGUUACGGGUCGUUUUUAAUGCUUCUUUUUGUACAGCCACGGGCCAAUCGCUAAACGACUGCCUCGCCACUGGUCAGAAGCUCCAGGCUGACCUGUGGAUGGUAUUGACCCGCUGGCGACUUUUUCGGGUCGUAUUCACCACGGACAUUGUCAAGAUGUUCAGACAGAUCCGAGUCCAUUCAGAGGAUACUAAGUGGCAAAGCAUCCUUUGGCGCGCCACUCCCGACGAACGAGUGCAGGACUUUCGGCUUACAACGGUGACGUAUGGCACGGCGUGUGCGCCUUUCCUAGCUUUACGGGUACUUGCCCAGCUGGCGAACGACGAAAGCAGCCGAUUUCCCCGAGGAGCUUCGGUGGUGCGUCGACACACUUAUGUCGAUGAUAUUCUCACCGGGGCGGAUGAUGUCAGCGAGACCCUGGCUUUGAAAAGAGAAGUGGUGGCAAUUUUCAAAGCUGGCGGUUUCGAACUAAGCAAAUGGGCAUCUAACAUACCGGAAAUUCAAGAAGCCGACUCUUCUAAUACGCGCCUGUUUCAGGAAUGGUCCGGCAUCAGCACACUAGGCGUGAACUGGAAUCCUAGGGAUGAUGCCUUCUCCCUUCGAGUCGCAGCCGCUGAGCUGGUGAGAGAAUGCACCACCAAGAGGUCUAUCCUUUCGGAAAUCGCAGGCCUCUUCGACCCACUGGGCUGGGCGGCGCCGGUCCUAGUCGUGGCCAAGAUUUUAAUGCAGGACCUCUGGAUCCUUGGAGCGGACUGGGAUCAGCAAUUGCCAGAGAACGUCUGCACUAUGUGGCAGCGCUUCAGAGGCUCCCUGCCGCAAUUGGAUACCCUGAAGAUCCCACGCUGGACAUUUGCCUCAUCAGAGCCGUCCACCCAGAUGGAACUUCACGGUUUUUGUGACGUCUCGUAG